CUACUGGCCAUUCUCUCACUUUCUGUAAAGGGUACGAAGAUGAUAUGUGUGCACCUGCUCUGAAAUACAGAAAUAUAGAUCAGUGACUAAGAGCUUGAGCCUCACUAUCAGUUCUGGAUUCAAAUCCCAGCUCUUACUAGCUGUGUGACCUCACUCAAGUUUCUUAAAGAUUGUGCACCUUUGUUUCAUCAUUUAUAAAAUGGGAUUCAUAAUAGUUCCUACCUGAUAGGAUUGCUGGGAGAAAUAAAUAUAAAAGUAUGCAUGUAAAGUGCUUAGAGCAGGGCCAGACAUAUUAAACUUUAAACAUUUGUUUAUGCUAGUUAUCAUUAUUAUUGGUCCCUAAAUCAAUUUCUCAGUUCCAUGAACACACUUAUUUACCAGUUUUUCUUGUAAAGGAGAAGUGGUUCUCUAGGUCAUGUCCCUGUUCCAGAUAUUUUCAUUUUUAACCACUGGGAAGGUCCUUAUCAGUCUUACCUUCAUUUCUCCUACUGCAAGCUCAAGUUUCUUAAAACUUGAGCUCAGCUCCCCAUAUCCCUUCUCUCCUUCCCAGAUGUCCUUAAUGUGAAUUCAUUCAUUAAAAUACAUUUAUUUAGCAUCUACUGUAUGCUAUGCUGGGAGCUGGGGAUAAUAGCUAACACAUACAUAGCACUUUCCAGGUGCAAGAACUACUUAAAGCAUUUUUCAUAUAUUAAUUCAUCUAAUCCACACAACUACCCAGUAAGAUAGAUGUACUAUUACUAUCCACAUUUUACUGAUGAGGACACUGAGGCAGAGAGAAGUUAAGUAAAUUGUUCAAAGUCAUGCAAGUAGGAAGUGGAGGAGUCAGAUUUGGAAAGUGAAUCUAGGAAUCAUGGAAACUAGGUCAAGAGGUCCUGGUCCAAUUUAAAAAAAGAGAGAGAGAGAGAGUCAGGUAAUUAAAAAAUGGGUACAAUAAAGAAAGAAAGAAAGAAAGAAAAAAAAAGGAACUACCAAGAUAGACAAUUCCAUUUGAAAUAGUGUUUUUUGUAAUUACUGAAAGACUCACUGAUAUAUUCUAUCCUUGGGGAAGUCUGUCUGAAUUAAGAAACAGUAUAAAGAAUACUCUAAUAAUAAAAAUAUGUAUUGCUUUCAAAUUCACACUGUAAAUUUAGCUGCUAAUAAAAGUACUUCUAAGGGGGAAAGUAAGUCCCCAGUCCAGUCUAGUAGGGAAGUCUAAGGAGCAGAUCACAGAGCCCUAGAGUGUGGCCAGCCAGGGACUCAGGAAAGUUUUCCUGGAGGAAGUAAGGUCCCACCUGCUGGCUAUGAAAAGGAGGAGAGCAAACUUGAACUGUUUUGGGAAUUGUGGGAGUCCAUCGUGUCUGGAGCACAGUGCAGGGAGCAUCUGUGGUCAGAGGCAAGGGGAAGGAGGCAAUGUUGGAGGUGCAGAGAGGCUGGAUGGAAGGGAGUCCUGGAAGCCAUGAAGCCAUGGUUAGAUCGGGUUCCAACCUCAGGGUAAUAGGCAGCCACUGUUUUAAGGAAGAGAGCGACAUGAUCAUAGUUACUCUGGCUUCAGGAUGGAGAAUAGGUGUUGGGGGAGGGUGGAGCCCAAGCAAUCCAGAUGGUAAGACUAGGGAAGCAGCAAUUGCAAGAAGAAGGGGAGAGAGAGAGAUGUUGAAUCAGAACCUACUGACUGACUGAUGGGAGAGAAGAAAAAGGAGGAAAAAGGAGGGGCCCAGGAGGCCUCAGGAGGAGGAGUGUGUUAGUGCCCCCCUCAUUACCUUUCUUUAGCCAACAUUGGCCCCUUUUCCUGCCCUUAGAGCAGAGUGGCUUCCACAUGGACAGUAUCCUCUGGGGCAUCCCUGAUGGAAGUUCACCCCCAACCUGGCUCCUACCCCAAUCCCUUCCCUCUGUCCACACAAUGCCCACCCUUUGUGUCCCACAGAAGUGCUGGGCUGAGUUUCCAUCAUGCCAGGCCGGCUCACCCUCCCCACACUCUGUCACUUCCUUCUCCCUUGGGCAUUUGCCAUCUUCCACAGAGCCCUGGGGGGCCCAGCUACAAGGUGCGCUGGAGCAAGGUGGAGCCAGGAGAGGUCCGGGAAACGUUGAUCCUCAUCACCAACGGACUCCACGCGCGGGGCUAUGGGCCCCUAGGGGGGCGCGCCAGGAUGCGAAGGGGGCAUCGACUGGACGCCUCUCUGGUCAUCGCGGCCGUGCGCCUGGAGGACGAGGGCCGAUACCGCUGCGAGCUCGUCAACGGCAUCGAGGACGAGAGCGUAGCGCUGACGCUGCGCCUGGAGGGUGUGGUGUUUCCGUACCAGCCCAGCCGGGGCCGGUACCAGUUCAAUUACUACGAGGCGAAGCAGGCGUGCGAGGAACAGGACGGACGCCUGGCCACCUACGCCCAGCUGUACCAGGCGUGGACCGAGGGUCUGGACUGGUGUAACGCAGGCUGGCUGCUCGAGGGCUCCGUGCGCUACCCUGUGCUCACGGCACGCACUCCUUGCGGCGGCCAGGGUCGGCCCGGGAUCCGCAGCUACGGACCCCGCGACCGGAAGCGCGACCGCUACGACGCCUUCUGCUUCACUUCGGCACUGGCGGGCCAGGUAUUUUUCGUGCCGGGGCGGCUGACUCUGUCUGAAGCCCACGCGGCGUGCCGGCGGCGCGGGGCCGUGGUGGCCAAGGUCGGGCACCUGUAUGCCGCCUGGAAGUUUGCGGCGCUGGACCAGUGCGACGGCGGCUGGCUGGCGGACGGCAGCGUGCGCUUCCCCAUCACCACGCCGCGGCCGCGCUGCGGGGGCCUCCCGGAUCCCGGGGUACGCAGUUUCGGCUUCCCCAGCCCGCAGCAGGCGGCCUACGGGUCCUAUUGCUACUCCGAGAAGUAGGGGCCCACCGCACCCCCUCCAGCUGCGCGCCACAAAGCCUGGGAGUCGGGGCGGAGUCUCUCGAUGCUUCUUUCCUGCACGCUUCGUCUCCCGCCGGAAGAGGAGCGGUCCCUUGUGACUCGCCUCCCCAGCCCGAGGCUGCGGGCCACGGACCCCGGCUAGCCCGGCGUCGGGGAGCAAAGAUGGUGGCGCCCCCUGUGGGAGGGGUGCGGAUACCGACCUCGGACUCGCGGAUCGAGGACUGGCAGCUGUUCAUGUGCCCCCUGCAGGGGACCCAGCCACUGCAAGGAGGACGGGAGGAGCAUAUGGGGGCAAUAACUGAUCUCUGUGUACAGCAAUAAAAUAACUUGGAGACCUG